GAGAUCAUCCAGGUGCCGCACGUCACCCAGCACAUGAGGGAGCGCCACGUGCAUGUCGAGGUGACGCAGGACGUGCCGGUGGAGCAGCUCGUCGAGGAGAUCGUCCACGUCCCGAAGGUCCAGGUGGAGGAGCGGAUCGUGCACAACCCGGUGGAGCUGCGGGUGGAGGUGCCCCGCCCGCAGGUGAUCGAGAAGACGAUCGAGGUGCCAAAGAUCCAGAUCGAGGACAAGAUCAUCAGAAGGCCGAAGAUCACCGAGACAAUUGUGGAUACCAUC